UGGUAUUGUAUGGUAUUGUGUGGUAUUUUUUGGUCUUGUAAUUUGUUCACCUAGAAAUUUGUAGAUCCAAUAGAUCAUGAUGAACUCGUCCCUACUGUGCAAACAUUUUCAAAAACGAAUUAAAAACGAAGAAGAUACCAUAUGAUAUGCAGUUGGUAACGAGAGGCCAGAAUUUUUUUUUUCUAAAAAAAUAUUGAAAAUUGAUCUCAUUUUGUAUAGCACGAUGAACUCAUUCCCUCUGUGCAAAAAAAAUUAAAAUCCGAGUUAAAACGAAAAAGAUAUGAGUCAAUUAAGAAAGCUAGAGAAAAUAAAAAUGACAUUUAAUUCUCUAUCCUUAGAUCUGGAUUUUCUAAAUGAAGGGUCCAGAUUUGGUUAUUGAUGGGUGCAUAACCUAUGCACCCUAUCUAGUAUCUUGAGCCCCGGAAAAGGGAAGCAGAUCCGGUGAGUAACCUUGUGGUGAGUAACUCCAUUCAUAACCCAAUAAGAAUAUGCCACAUCAGCGCCUCCUUCUCUCUCCUGAAAAAAUCAUUAAUUUUCUUUCCCUUAAUCUUUAACGGACGAUUUCUCACUCGUUUUAACUUGGAAUUUAAAUUUUUUUUUUGCACAGUUAGAUCAGAUUAAUUGUGCUCUUUAAAAUGAUAUACACUUUGAUAUUUUUUGGAACAAAAUUUUUUUGUCAAUUAUUACCAGUCUAUACCAUAUGGUAUUGACUGGUAUUAAAUAACAACAUAUGGUAUUGACUGAUAUUAAAUAACAGCAUACCAUAUGGUAUGAAAAAUACCACCUCAUACCAGGGUGGUAUAGUAUGGUAUGGAGUUGGUAACGAGAGGUUUGAAAUUUUUUCCCCCAUAAAAUUUUGAAAUCCAAUAGAUCAUGCUUAAAUCGUUCCUUUUGUGCAAAAUUUCCGAAAAUGACUAAACAACGAAGGAGAUACCAUAUGGUAUGGAGUUGCUAACGAGAGGGAUGAAAAUUUUAUUUCUCAAAAAAUAUUGAAAAUGGAUAUCAUUUUGUAGAGCACAAUGAACUCGUUCCAUCUGUGCAAAAGAAAUUGAAAUUCGAGUUAGAACGAAGAAGAUAUGAUCCAAUUAAGAAAACUAGGGAAAAUAAAUUCCUUUAAUUCUCCACCCUUAGAUCUGCAGUCACUUAAAAGAAUGGUCCAUAUUUGUUUACUCAUUGUUACUCACCCUAAGAUUACACACCCUAUCUUGAGCCCCGGAAAAAGAUUAAAAAACGAACAUUUAAAUAAUUAAAUCACAAAAACAAGCAGACAGACAGAAGCACAACAAUCCAAUUCGCCACUAGGCCCGUAAGUAAUUAAUUAUUAAACAUCUUUAUCAUCCAUUUCCCAUUCCAUGGAUUGUCACUACCCGGACACUGAUAACUGAUUAGCUCCUCGAUUUAUUUGGGGGCGGCCAAAACUCAAGAUGGGACGCCUAGGAGAAGGAGAAACGACGGCGGAAUCGGCACCGUUGAGGGCGCCUUUGAUUGCGAUGACGACGACACCGCCGGCGGAGGGGACGAGAUCAUGUGAGUUGUGGGAGGAAGUAGAGAAGCAAGCAUGGCUGGCAGGGCCGUUAAUCGCAGUGAGCUUGCUACAGUACAGCCUUAACCUCAUAUCGGUCAUGUUCGUCGGCCACCUCGGAGAGCUCAGCUUGUCUUCAGCUGCCAUGGCCACUUCUUUCGCCUCCGUCACCGGAUUCAGCGUACUGCUUGGAAUGGCGAGCGCGCUGGAAACAUUCUGCGGGCAAGCUUACGGAGCGAAACAGUACCACAUGAUGAGCAUACACACGCAGCGAGCCAUGGUGGUCAUGCUAACCGCCAGCGUUCCCCUGUCCCUAAUUUGGGCCAACACAGGCCCAAUCCUGACGGCACUAGGACAGCAGCCCGACAUCUCCGCCGGCGCCGGAACCUACGCCCGAUCCAUGAUCCCGUCCAUCUUCGCCUACGGCGUCCUGCAGUGCCUCGUCAAGUUCCUCCAGACACAGAGCAUCGUCUUCCCCAUGGUGCUCUGCUCUGCCGCCGCGACUUUGAUCCACCUCCUCCUCUGCUGGCUCCUCGUCUUCAGAUCGCCCCUGGGUUCCUCCGGCGCCGCCGUCUCACUCUCGGUGUCCAAUUGGGUCAACGUCCUUCUCUUGUCGAUGUACAUCAAGUUCUCGCCUUCCUGUUCGGUGACGUGGACCGGGUUCUCGAGGGAGGCGUUCAGGGACAUCUGGGUUUUCCUCAAGCUUGCCAUUCCGUCCGCUUUUAUGGUCUGCUUCGAGUUGUGGUCAUUUGAGCUCUUGGUGCUUGCCUCGGGCCUUCUUCCCAAUCCGAAACUGGAGACAUCAGUACUUUCUAUAUGCCUGAACACAGCAUUGACGGUAUGGAUGAUCCCAAGCGGGCUCAGUAGUGCUGCAAGCACGAGGGUGUCAAACGAACUGGGAGCAGGGCAUCCGGAGAAGGCACGCAUGGCGGUGCGUGUAGUGGUUGGAAUUGCAGUCGCAGAAGGGAUCUUGGUGGGAACGAUACUGUUUUCGGUACGCAAUUUCUGGGGCUGUGCAUUUAGCAGUGAUGAACAGGUGAUCGACUAUGUGGCUCAGAUGCUGCCCAUUGCAGCAGCUGCCAACUUCUUCGAUGGCUUCCAGUGCGUUCUCUCAGGUACUGCGAGAGGGUGCGGAUGGCAGGAAAUCGGAGCGUAUAUAAAUCUGGGAUCUUAUUAUAUGGUCGGCAUUCCGUGUGGAUUUUUGUUUGCCUUCCUUCUUCACAUUGGUGGAAAGGGUCUUUAUUUAGGUAUCACAUGCGCUCUAGUGGUGCAAGUAACUUGUCUUUCCAUUGUUGCUAUCCGUACUAAUUGGGAUAAAGAAGCGGAGAAGGCUGGUGAUAAAAUCUGUGACACCACAUUGCCAAUAGAGAGAUUGUCAUGAUGAUAUAAUGAAUACAAUAAUAAAAUUUUUAGGGAAAAAUUUAGCUGCAACCUGCCGACAUGGCGUUUAUCGGUUGGGUCUAAAUGAGUUUUUCUACUUGUAAUUAUUAACUGGAUGAUUGUAUGAGUACUCUGACUUGAAAAUCUUGAGUUCAUAUUCAAUCUAUGCAUGUUUUCAUGAUUCAAUUUUGCUUUAGUCGAGAUAAUUGAUUCUGCUUUGAUCCUAUGAGAGCGAAUACCUGAUUAGGUCAAUAGAGCACCAUAGAUUGAUAGUAGUGGAUUGAUUGCUUUAGUCGAGGGUUGAUUCGCUGCUUUGUAUCGAUUGAGAACCUCUUUCGAUAGAGGGAAUCUAGUUCAGAAUGCCUUGAUCGGUUGUUCUAGAGAAGGAUACGUCCCUCUAGGCAAUUGACUCAAGAGGGCCUUGUUCCUUUAGUCGAGACUCAGGGUCUAGUCAAGGAUUCUCCGCAUUGUGAAUGAAAUUGAAACAAGUUAGAAAUCAUCAAUCGUUAGUCUGGCUAGUGGCUAGGGGGAAUCAUACCUAAGUGAGUUCCCAACCUGUAAUUAGAUUAACUUUAACUGUAAUUUGCUAGAGUAGUUUUAGUUCUUUCAUCUUAAUCUGGUUUGCUAAAUAAUAAACUGAAGCUAAGUAAUAGUAACUCUAGAGACCCGUGGAUUCGAUAUUUAUUACUUGAGCCACUAUACUGCAGUCCCUUUCAUUGGUUACACUUGGCCUUUGUUAGGAGUUGUGUCAUAGCGAGUCAUGUUUUUGGCGCCGUUGCCGGGGACUUUUUAGAUUAUUAGGAAAGGCAGAAGUUUGUUACUUUAGCGUUUUUCUUUUCCACCCUUGCUUUUCACUUGGGUGUUUUUGUUUUUGUUGGUGCAGAUCUGAAUCAUGGAUUCUCGUGGCUUCUCCAACAAUUGGGGGUAUACACCACCACCCGAGUGGUAUUACCCCGAGACUCCCUGGAGCAAUCAAGGAGGAGAAGGCUAGAUUUGGAUUCCAAUACCAACCCCCUUACUAUGAAGAACAACCGGACCCCUGGGCAUAUCAAGAACAACUUCAUUACCAAGAAGAAUUUCUCCCACAACCAGAAGGGCCAUCGGCUCUAGAGUUACCCAUGCACGGGUGACACAAUACAACACAACACCUAACAGCGGCCAAUUGUAACCAAUGAAAGGGACUGCAGUAUAGUGGCACAAGUAAUAAAUAUCGAAUCCACGGGUCUCUAGAGUUACUAUUACUCAGCUUCAGUUCAUUAUCUAGCAAACUAGAUUAAGGAUUGAUUUACUAAACUACUAUACUAACUACUCUACUAAUUACAAGUUGGGAACUCACUUAGGUAUGAUUCCCCCUAGCUCCUCAAUUAGGUCCAAGUUGAGAUUACCUUUGGUUGAUCUACUGUUGAUUAAACUGCGAAAGAUCCU